AUGAGUCAACGAGCAGAAGACAGUGAAAAUCUCUCACCAAAAGCGGCAGCUUUCUCUAUCGCCAGCCUACUGACAAAGGAUCUUCAAGGAAAUUCCAACGCUAGUAAAACAAGAGAGAUGAAUCCGCCCUUGACAGUUUACACAGAAAGAGAGAAUUGUUGGACCGGAAACAAAAAUGACCUGUCUGCACACAAGGCGAUGAGCUGUGCUCCCACCAAGGAAGAAUGCGAGAGCUAUUCCAUCCAGAGCAUUUUAAACGGAGAAUACCCCAGAGGCGAUAAAUACGCUGACGGCAAUGUCAAACGAGAAAUGGAAAAAAAUGGUUCAAACAGCGAUCCUCUGCAUCAGUUAGCAGCCUGUUGCGAUCUGGUUAGAACUAUAGACACUUUGAAAGACCCAACUUCACUGUUAUCGCCGCAAAUGAGAAUUUUGGAUGUCCAACGCGAAGUACAAGUUGCAAUGCAGCAAAGUGAUCUUUGGUGGAAAUUUUACGCCUGCGGCACAGAAAUGGUCAUCACUCGCACUGGAAGGUGAGAAAAUUUAUCAUUUAAUGUGUUGUAUUGAAAUUGCUUUAUUUAGUAACAGAUCAUGUUUCGCUACAGCGUAAAGGCAAAAAGUUUUAAGUAUGACUUUUAAAAAAGUCACUUCAAAUGUUUAUGUACCACUUGACAUAAAAACAAGAUUCUUUAUUACAUAUUGCUUGAGACAACCUUGAAAAUUACCCAAAUUAUUGGAAAUGAAAAGUUAUUAAAUAACUAAGGAAUUCCGCCACAUUUUACAAAAUUUCACACCUUCGAAAAUGGCUACGUGUUAAGAUUUGUUUUAAAACAGCCCGUAGUAUCCUUUCUUGUCAGUUCAACUUGCGUUGCUUUUGAAAAGCAAAAUAAGAAAGAUUGCGAGCGGACUUAAACAUCGGUGGUUUUGGUGUAAAUUCCCUAACCGCUCGCGUGAAACAACUUGCUACCUUGAGUUAACAAACUUUACCGGAACUCCAAUACUAAGAAACUUCUCCCCACAAUAUAAAGAAACGAUCUUUCUCCCAUUCAAAUCCAGAGCUGUCACAAUUGUCGUCUUUCAAACACAAACUAAAACUAACUCACCAGAGGAAUAAUUCUUUUCGCAUUUAAUUCAGCCAACGAUUAUUUUCGCUGCGGGCAGCUCGGUUUUCUUAAUUCGUGUUUCGAUAAUUGCACAAAACAUCCGACCCGGCUAAUCCCUCGCCAGAAGUAUGAAAAAUAAUAUAUCUGUUUAGCUCCUAAGUUAUUAUCUGUCAUUUCUUUUUUGCACUCCGCAUAUUUACCAUUUCGUGACGUCAUGUUAAAAGAUAUUUUUCGUAUUCACCCGGGUUUCCGAAAGUGAAGAAUGGGGUCGCGUGCCACUGAAGUUUUAUGUUCUGUUCUAUGAUACUCCCAUGUGUAACAAACAAAGCAAAUCUCUUUUUGCUUUCCUUUAAACUGUUGAUUUGCUCUCUCCGCAUGUGCCUUUGAUACAAGUCAAUUUGUUCAUCACGAUUCAAUUGUGUUUAGGCGUGGGGAUGAAAUUUAGACCAGCAAAUAGUACGUUUAUUGUGCGCAAUUAAGUCUUUUCAACUACUGAGUGUGUGAGAAACUUUUUAACUCUUGCAUGGUAAAAUGUUGUCUAUAACUAUGCAAUUGAAGGAAUCCUUGAACGUGAAUUUAGUGCGUCAAUGCAUAAAUAACAUUUGCACUUUAUCAAUACUAAAUGAUUCUGUUUUCAAAAACCAAAGAAGCGUUUAUUAACAAUAUUCUUUCAAACUAUGUUUUGUGUUUAGUGUCAGAUAAGGCUUUUAGUAGAGCAACACAAAAUACUGUAUCAUUAAUCCACUUUAAACUUUCUUAAUCGAGCCUCAGCGUUUUCAAACUGGCUAAGCUGAAGACUUAAGGGUCAUCUCUAAUACCUGCAAUGGAAGCUUUUAAAGAUCGAGAUAGCUAUUAUCACUUCCAGGUGUAGUGUUAUUAAAAUUCAGGCUAGUGACUUUUAAUAUGCAAAAAAAUCCCCAGAUAUAAUGAAGAUAAGUAUUAUUCACAUGUGGGCACAAAGAGGUUUUUGAUCGCUUAUCUUUCCAAGCACUGAAAAUGUCCUAAAAGUAAUUUAAUUGUGUGUCCUCCUUGAUCAAUCACGCUUACACAAAAGUUUUAGAUAAUCCCUAAGACCGAUACAACAAACAUAAUGCCCCGAGGGAUGGAAAGAUUUCAAGUAUAGAGCUCUAUGCCUGGUUUAUUAGAUUAUUAGAUUGUUUUUGUUUGGGUAUAGGAAAAGAGCUCUUGCUUAGACUGGGGGUAUUUGUUAGUGCUUGUAAGGGAUUUAGAAGGAGCUUAAAAAGAUGUGGUGGAUUCUCUUCGCUGGCGAGAGUUUUAUUGGCAGAUAAAACUUUAUUUAUAAAUGAGAACGGCAUGUUUUUCUUGUUGGCUAAUACAGAACUGGAUAUUUUCUAGUACCGUUAACAGCUAUAACACCAUGGCCAGCAACACAGAGCGGGGAUGUUUCUUUCAGCUUCUUCGUUUUGAAAAGCCAGUGUUUUUUUGAUGAAAAGCUCUGCUGUUCAUAUCCUCACUCUGCUAUAAAAUUCGUCGCAGCGAAGGAGGAGAAAAAGCGCAGAUAGCAACAAAACCACAAAGGCAGAUAGGCAUAUGGAGCCAGUAAAGUAAACAACCACUUAAGGAUUUAGCGCAGAUUGUGUUUAGCACGUGCCCCGCUUUUUAUGGGUGUGUCUCAUUGUUUGUGACUCUUAAAAUAAUGCACGAUGUUUUUUCCUUCCGCUAAUGAGAGGAGAGAUCAUUUGAAACAGAUGACAUUAGGCACCUAGCAUGUGCCCCGCAGAUUACUUUCAGUUCAAACCUCUGAGUUUUGCAUUCUCUGUAAUUCAAACCCGGAAUCGUUUAAGCCCUACUACGGGUCACGCAUAAAUAACCAAAGGACUGGGGUGCUUACCCCUUCAAAGAAAAGUCGCAACAGCUUCUUAAGUCCACUCACAUUGAACAGCUUCUAACAGCUCGUAGUGCCCAGACAAUGACAGAAAACUUUCAUCACGAAAGCGCAUGUGAAGAGAUCUUUCACCUGCUACUGAUGUAGCUAUUGCGGUGAGUACAGUCUAAAUGAUUAUUAAGCAGCAAUCCUAGCCGGGGUACCUGACACUUUAUCUAUUUACUUUAACUUAUCUGAUGCUAAAAUGAUUGAUUUCUUGCAGGAGAAUGUUCCCAACUCUUGCUCUGUCCUUCCUUGGCAUGGACCCGAGACGAUACUACUCCGUACAUGUCGAUAUCGUUCCCGUCGACGGCUACGCUUACACCUUUGUCAACAAUAUAUGGCAAGUGAACGGAAUGGCCAGCGAAAUGCACGCGUUGCCGUACAUACAGUCCUACCAAGCGGAUGAGGUGGCGCAUACUGGCCUGUACUGGAUGAAAAACGGCGUCGACUUUAAGAAGGUUCGACUCACAAACCGAAGAGUUGGUCCAUUCAAAGAUGGCGAGGUAAUGCAAUUUCGUAAUUACAUCCGAAAAGGAUACUAUACUUAAAGAAAGUUCAAGUUUUAAUUAAUCUCGAACGGAAUCUUUUGUAUUUCGAUAUUUCCAACUUAUUUUAAAAUUCACGUGGUUUUCGUAUCUGAAACUGAAGAUAAAAAUGGCGUUUUUAUGAACGCUUCGCCCCGUUUUCAUCAAAGACGAAAACACAAAGAAUGACGGGAACGAAUUUCAGUACGCAUGUGUUGUGAAAAGCCGAAAUAUCAGAGAAACUAAACGCACUAAAAUACUCUAACAUUUUUAGCUGUUUUCAUCUACAUAAACCAACAUAUCGAGUCGAUCAAAGGUUUCUCAGUUACUGUGGCAUAAAUUCUCGGUCUACAUAAAGCCGCAGGAGAUGUCAUGGGGUAUUAAGAGACUUUUUUGCCAUAGCGAAUUGGCAAAUUUUGUAAUUUUCCAAUUGACCGAGCUCAUUACUUAUUCAUAAAUCGCUCUCUUUGUCUCUGGUCCGCGACCUCGUGUUUAAUUUUGAGUUGUUCGUAUUUUGUUACAAUUUUAUGAACGAUUUAAGAUAUUACUUAGCCAACGUAAGCCGUCGAUUAGGAUAAAAGGUUUUAAAGAGAUAUUCAAUAAAUCAAAAGAAAGCAAACGUGAUACUAAACUGGAAAACCUCAAAUUAUAAACUUUGUUCAUGAAGAAACUAACAAUGCAAAUUUGCGAAAGCGACUCACGGCUCGCCAAAACGAACUACGAAGGGAAAUAAUCUAAUCUGAAGUAAACUGUUUUGGUGAAUUUACACUAAAAGGAAAAGUUUUUAUGUGCCCGCCAGAACUUAUAUAUUAUAUAUCUAUUCAUUUUUUUAGUACGAGACGAAAGCUUCAUCUAUUAUUUUAUGUACUUGUCCGGGGUGUUCGCAUAUCACUGCAAUCAGAAUUACUAUUUUAAAAGGGGUUCGAAACCAAAUAAUAAACGUUUUGAACGCUUUUAAUCUUAAUGUGUAUUUUAAUUACGAUUGACAGCUUCACCUUAGUCCAAACAGAAAAUACCAACCGAGGAUUCACGUUGUAGAGGAAACUGAAGAAGGCGCAAAGGUUUCCUGCUCAACAUACGUGUUUCCCGAAACAACAUUCAUUGCUGUAACAACGUAUCAAAACGAAGAGGUAUGAAUUCUAUAAAACUGUGUCCAUUUUUAAGACCAGCAUUAAACUUUAAAUAUUCACUUUUAUUUCCAGAGUAAUUUAAUCAACUAAUAUUCUUCAAUUUUAGAGUUCCCUGAGCUUAACGUUUAAAGCUUUCUUACGUUUACUUGAACUGAUGCUACAAAGUAACCAACUAUAAUUAUCUAUUUGCGAAUGAGAACUGGUCCCUGAAAAGAGUCUUUAUGAUUUUAGAUCAACAUGAUAUAACAACAAUAGGUGGCUACUUUUGACGAAGUAUUUUAGUAGAGAAAUAAAGCAUAGGUAUCUAUGGAAUGGAUAAAAAUGUCAAAUUAGAAAUAGUUCAAUUUUUUUCCUUAAAGAUCCAUGCAGUUUUCUACAAAACUGAUCCUUAUUUGACACACUUAAGAUUGUUUGUUUGUUGUUUUUUCAGUUGAUUCAGAUGAAAAUUGACCAUAAUCCUUUUGCUAAAGGAUUUCGCGACAAAGGAUCUAGGUACGUAAACAUUAAAUUUUUUAUGAUUUUUUUUCAAAGAUAA